AUGGGCGGAGAAGGGCAGCUUCUGAGGAGAAUUCCACGAAUCAAGUUCCCCAAAAGACACUCUUCCUCAGGCUCUCAGGAGGGUCGAGAAAUAGCAACAGGAGUAGGAGAAAAGUACCAGUUUCCUACCCAGGCUUCUGGGUCAGAUGUUCUGCCAUCAACAUCCGACGCUGCUGAUGUUGGAGGGAAAGCUUCUCUUCAGCCUAGGCGAACCCCGGUCACCGAAAGGGAAAUCGAGGCUGUGAUGCUGGGUGGCUGCUUUUGA